AUAUACUGACGUAAACCCAAUUUUAACUCCAUACGUCAUUUUACACUUUUUUCUAUUAGAAACCUAUAUUGUAUAUGGUAAGUAAACGUGUUCCACUGUAAUUAGUAAAUGCUGAUGGUAAUGCAAGGCGGUUCUUGUUCAAGUUCAGAUGGGGGCAUUUUUGAAGUGGUCAUUAAAGAGGAGGCGGGGGUUCCGGUCAUUUUUACACCAGGCUAAAGUGACUCACGGGACUGCGAAUGAAGACCUAUAUAAGGUGCUGAGUAUAGCGGAGGGAAGACGGAGCAGCCAAAGCGCGGUAUUUACACGAUAAGGUCUUUCAUUUCUGUAGGCCUAUAGAGCUGGAAAACUUGCAUGCAAAUCAAGUAUAAUUGCACUGCACCGCAUCUGACUCUAAGACAGGACACAAGUAUCCCUGAAGUAGGAACCAUGCAGAGGUUCAUGUCUAUGAUUCUCCUGAGUCUGUGCCUGAGCAGCGGCGCGCAGGCUGCCGGCGGCGGGGCUCUGCUUCCAGGCUACGGGGUGAAGCUGUGCGGACGGGAGUUUAUCAGAGCCGUGAUAUUCACCUGCGGAGGGUCCCGGUGGAGACGCACGGGCGCCGGCGGCGGGGCUCCCUUCCCGGAGAGACCAUACGGUGAGCCAUCAGACACUGAAGGGACCCCACCCUGGCCUCAGGCCGUAUCGGUGGAGCACCCAAAUAGGCCACCCUUCUCCCUCCUGGAUGUUCUCAAUGGGCUGGGAAUCUCAAAUGACCGUGAGCCCGAGGGAGCACUGGACUCAAACGAGAUUGGUGUGAGCGGCUGGCAGGCUGAGAUCGGCCAAGCGAGGAGCCGCGGUACACCCUGGGCGUACCCUAACAGACGGAAAAGGAACUUUUCCUUGGGCUUGGCGGGGGUGUGCUGCAACCUGGGCUGUACCAAAAAUGACAUCGGCCGUUUGUGCUGAAGCGGGACAUGAUGGCGCGGUGGGACCCUGUGCCAGGAAGCCAUUCUUACGCUCUCAAUAUCAUUCAUUCUUCUUCAGGGAAGAUUGUAGUAUUAAUCCAAUGUCUUCAGAAUGUAUCCAAUUUAGACAUUUUUUUUGUUUAGUUAACAAAUAUCAAAUGAACAACUGUAAUUCUUCAGUUGUAAUUUAUAGUAUAAAUAUCAAAUGUAUUAUUAAGACAUCGGAGUGUCAGAGAGCUGAAGCACCCCUCCUCUUCUGUACAGACGAAUAAAAACCUUUGUCCUGUAAAGCCUGCCACAUUGUGUCUGGAUGACUAAUGUCACACUGCCUUGGGGAGCGUCUGAACGAAUUACGAUGAGUAAGCAAACCCAAAAUGAUGAUAAAUGUAAACAUUUAUGAUUAUUAAAUAUCAACAA